UGGAUAUGAAGAUACUAACGCAUGAGACACAGAAAUCAUCUUAAUUGAUCUUGCAGGUGAAAUGUUAUAAAUCAGCUUCAGCACCUUAAUUAGAUUUUGUAAGUUUUCCUUGAUUCUUCACUCUUGUGAAUGUUGAUGUUGUGGAAAGCAUGCGCAGGAUUGCCAUCCAGGAAAUGAAUAGAAAGGAUAGGGAGAUUGAUGGUCUGAAUGAGCAGUUAGAAGAGGAUGCUCGAUGCCUUGAGCAUUUGCAACUCCAGCUACUGGAUGAACGCAGCAAGCGAUCUGAAGUUGAGCGUCAAAAUGCAAUGCUGCAAGACCAAAUUACAAUGCUCAUGGACAUGUUACAGGAGAAUGACGACGUAGAUAAUGAUGAAGGUGGAAAGGUUGAAUUUUUACUUCAACUCCAGAUUCAAGGUAAGUGUUUUCCAUGA